UGUCACGUGACCAAACAGCAGCCAUCUGUGGACACCUCACCUGCUACAUGUAACUGGGGCUGAUUAUCGACCAAUAUGUGACAUUUAGUCCGUUGCAGCGUUGAAGCUUAUCUGUAAUUUUACAUUCCGUCCAUGUUUCAAGUACCAAAGCUGCACUAGUCAGCAUGUCUGCAGGCUUGCACACUAUGAAUGGUGGGUCCAACCUGCCUCCCAUCACUGAGGGGAAACCCAUGGACAGCAUCCUCAGAGCUAAAACUACAGUUCUGAAACAUAAGAAGAAGAAAAGAGAACGCUCAGUAACAGGGAUAUCAAGUGAAAAUGCCAAUAAAAAAAGAAUUGACUAUGUUUUGGUGUAUACAGAGGAGCAGCUGAAGCCAGAUGCAGAUAAGGAAGAAAUUGAGGAGUUUGAACAGAGAAAAGCAAUGAGGACAAAGUUUCAGGGAGCUCUAAUGGCUGAGGGAUUGACAUUGAAUGAACUGCAUGUUGUAGAUAAAGAUGAUAAACAUGAAGUCUUUGUCUUGGUUCACACUGGGUUUGAGGAUCUGUGUCUGGAAGCUGAGAGUGUUCACCUGGAGAUGCCUUUAAAAGGGCUGAAGGUCAGUGAACAAAGAGAAGACAUUGAGGAAGAGGAGAAGUCAUAUGGUAGGAAACUACAAGACUGGGUUCAAGAAUUGCAAAGAGUCUAUCUGCAGACAGAUAAUGAAGAGGACUACAUCAGUGCACCCUUUCAGUGUUCAAAAUCUAAUCACUUCAAAGAUUUUGAGGACAAGGACAAGUUUUUCCGUAGUUCUUUGCGAAGUUUAUUGACGCACAACAUAUUAAUCAACACAGAUGUCAGGGACAAGACAGAGAAGGAAUCCAUUCUGAAACAUGCCAACCCAAAGAACAAGAGUCUGAAAAAACCAGAUAUCCUGGCCAAAAAAGCUCUUCCUUAUCUUCUUCACAAAAAGAUCUACACAGAUGCCUUCAUCAUCCACGAUGAAUCAGUUGAUGAUCCUGAAAAUCCUAGCAACAAAAACAAGAGUAAGCCUUGUAGCUCAUGUUGUGAGGAGGAGUUUGUCAACCCAGUGGGGUUUGAUAUGGACCCUCGCUGGACUCUGAAUCACACAUGGACUAGAAUCUUCAAGUACCAGCCCCUCUGGAAGAUAAGGAAUUACUUCGGGGAAAAGAUUGCCCUGUAUUUUGCAUGGUCUGGUUUGCUUAUUACUUCACUAUGGAUGCCAACUUUGUUUGGUCUGAGCAUAUUUUUCUAUGGGUUGCAUUUGAGUGUCCAAAGACUUGGCAAUCCAUUUCAUGUCAACACCACAUCCACUGAGAACCAGACAGAGCUGGAACUUAUUAAGAGGCUGGUGGACACGGCAGAAAACCUGAUGGAUGUGAUCAAGGAAGCCUGUGAUAAUGAAGUGACUCCAUUCUUUGCUCUAGCCAUAUGUCUCUGGGGCACAAUUUUCCUUGAAUACUGGAAGCGGACAAAUGCCACACUGGCCUAUGAGUGGGACGUGAACAACUUUGAAGUGGCUGAGCCAGACAGACCAGGCUUUAAAGGGACUCACAGUAAGAUGGAUCCCAUAACAGAUGAGCUAACGUGGUACUACCCCUUCUACCGCCAGUGUACCAAGUAUGCCGCAUCCUGCAUGGUCCUAGUGCUUAUGGUGUGCCUGGUGUUCAUCAGUGUGGCUGGAGUGAUAUUGUACAGAGUGGUGAUUACUGUGGACUACUGUACCAUAUGGCCCUCUACCAUGUGUCUGCUCUUUGGCACUAUAGCUUCCUCACUCAUGAAUGCCAUAUCCAUACUCAUUCUGGGCAAGAUUUAUGACAAAAUAGCAUAUAUUCUGACAGAUUGGGAAAACCACCGAACUCAAACAGCAUAUGAUGAUGCCUUGGUGAUCAAGCUGUUUGCUUUCCAGUUUGCAAACUCCUACGCCUCUUUGUUUUACAUUGCCUUUUUCAGAGGGUUAGAUGAAGGGUUGUUUGGUUUGGGUGAUAAGUAUGUGGACACGUGUGGUACUGGCAAUAACUGUAUGUCCAUGUUAUCCUUCCAAGUGUUGGUGCUCAUGAUUAUCAAACCCUUCCCCAAGUUAUUGAAAGAUGUCUGCAUACCUUACCUGAAGCAGUUGUGGAGGGAGAAAAUCAAGGGCUGCUGCAGCAGAAAAGAAAACAAAGUCAGCCCAGAGAAAGAUGUCAAAGUCACAAUAGAUGACUAUGUGGAAAGAGAGAGACAGAAACCAAAGCUGGAAGACUUCACUCUGAGUGAAUACACAGAGAAGGUCAUCCAGUAUGGCUACCUUAUGUUGUUCUCGGCCUCACUGCCGCUAGGACCUCUGAUAGCCCUGCUGACCAACCUGUUUGACCUAACAGUGGACGCCAAGAGACUACUGUGGUGGUACCGCCGACCAGUGGCUUUUGUAGCACAAGAUAUAGGCAUGUGGUACUCCAUCUUGCAGUUUGUCAAUGUAUGUGGGGUGGUAAGCAACGCCUUCCUCAUAGCUUUUACUGCACAGUGGGGAAAACAGUUUGGUGCAGUGGAAAAGCUUUGGCUUGUCAUCAUAUUUGAGCACACUGUGUUUGCCCUGAAAUUUCUGCUGACCUAUAUCAUCCCUGAUGUCCCAUACAAGAUAGAGAUUCAACAAAACAGGGAAAAGUACCAGGUUGCCAAGAAGCUAGAAAGUGGGCAGUUCUUGAAUAAAGCACAGAUGAAGAUGGACAUCAUAGCACAAGCAGCCACCUAUGUGGCAAGAACUGGCUCUGUUGAUGCUUUACAAAAUAACCCAGACUAUUUAAAAGCAGAGGAACCCACACCACAGGGUAGUGCAUCCUCAUUAAAACACAGGCACAAGAAGAAGAAACACAAGCUGAAGCUUCUGGGAAAACUUGGCAUUGCUGAUCAGUCAGCCUCCAAGGCCAGCUCCAGGGUGACACUGAAUGAUGCUGAUGAUGGGGCUGCCCUGGUACCUGGCUCAGAGAGGAAGAAGAGGAAGAAGAAGGGUCAUCAUCACAAACAUGGUGGGCAUGAAGACCAAGGUUAUACAGGUGACACAGACUUGACUCCACGGCUGGAACAGGGUACACUCGCCCCCCGUGUUGAUGUGGGUGCGUACCCCGUGGAACAGGUGGAAUAUGAGUAUGAACCAGGAAGACAGCAUCUUCACAACAAGUCUGACAGCAACAUCAGCUAUGACAAGCAAGGGAUGACUUACCUGAGUAUGGAGGAGAAGUUUCCCAACUCCAGACCUGGACCUCCCCUGGAGAACAAGACCGUCCUGAAACAACUGCCCGCCAUUGAUGAGGUGAAGGUGGCGACUCCUGCUGGCAUUUACCAAAUUCCUUGGGAGAGUCAUGCAUGAAAAUCGUCUCAUGUCAUCUGUGAUAUCUCUGAGAAUAAACUUGUUAUCAAAUGUUUUUGCAAAAGAAUAUACUAGGAUCUCUGAUUUGUUUGGUAACUUCAAGAACUCAACAUAUAUACAUAUUAUUAUUAAAAUAAAGGGUUCGAUAAUAUUUUAUUCAGGGUUGGUAUUUUACUUAGGGUUCAUUUGACAAUCUCACAGAUUUGCAGAAUCUUCGUUUUGUUGUAAUUGCAAAUCCAUGUAACGUUUAUUAAAUGAAAAAAAAAAGCAUGAAAUUGGAUAUUUUUGUAAAGCUAUACCAGUAUUGAGGGUACAUUUUAUAUAAAGAAAGACUGAUCAGUGAUGAAUUGCUGAGCAUUUUAAAGAUAUAUGUAUGAAGUUUUCAAAGCAAAUGCUUCAAACACCAGAAAUAUGUAUAAUUUUAUACAAAGGAUAGCAGGUCUAUUUAUAACAAUAAAUUAUGAUAAUUAUAGAUUUUUAAAAGGAAUACAAUUAUAGUCUUUUUUAGUGAAAUGUUGGUACAUUUCAGGUUUUAAUAUUGUAUGGACAUUGAUUAGAUGCGGUAUUGUUAUGUUUUUAGCGUCCAUUUGAGACCAUAUAAUAUUAUGUGCUACACAAAAGCCCCUAUAGCCCACGGUAAAGGUAUGUAGGGCCUCCUUAUCUCUAAGAUAUUCUAGAGGUAAAAUUUCUCUCUCUUCAGUAAAAAUUACUUAAAAUUAUUUAAGGAUUUUGAAUGCUUUGUUAAGAAAAUAAUUGUCCACAACUGUACAGCAAUAAAUGCAGCAGCC